AUGUCAUCGAUUUGGGACAACUUCGACAUAGCAAAAAUAUCGAACGCUGGGUUUAAGCUGGAUUACAUAAGCCCAGUAACUGAAGGGGAUCAACUAAUUGUGGAGAUUGAGGAAGAAUAUACUAGUACUGAAAUUGAGUAUUGGAAGAAUGUAGCAGUGUGCUAUGUUCUUGGAGCACAUCCUCUAUUCUCGGUACUCAAUGGCUACAUUCAAAGACAAUGGGGGAAGCUAGGAAUAACUUGGAACCCCGACAUGGAGUUCGUGAGAGAAUUAUACUCGCACUAUACGGAUCAAACUCGCCGUGUGAUUGGAUUUAAGUACUGGAGUGCAAAAGGGCUUAGUAAGAUUGGAAGACUUGUGGGUAAACCACUAAUGGUUGAUAAAAAUACUGAGAAUAAGUUAGGUUUUAACUUUGCUAAGCUGCUAGUAGAAGUCAAAAUUGGCAGCAAAUUACCAGAUGUGAUAUAUUUUAAGAAUGAAAGGGGAAAUAUAAUAGAGCAACAUGUUACAUAUGAUUGGAAACCUUAUGUAUGUACUAUCUGUCAAAAGUAUAGGCACUCAGUUGAAGAAUGUAGGAGAAACAAAGCUAAAAUACCACAAGAGAAGCCAACUCCUGUAAUACCAGAGGAAAAAUCGAAUGAGGAAGUAGUGACAGAGCAAAUUUAG